UGAUGGAAUAAUCAUUGUUUUUCCUGUCAGCUGAAAUGACAGCCAUGAAAGCCUUUAAUGAAAAGACAUUGUCCAUAUAUUAAAAUAUGCAAUUUCUUGAUAAGAAACUCAAAAUGAAAAUACCAAAACUGAAUUUAGCCAUUACAACUCAUAGAUUAAUAUUUACUAAUCACACAAACAUAGAUUAAUUAACUGUGAAUGAUGUUAAAUUUGUCUAUUUCGUUAUACCCUUAUAGCAUGUAAAAACUAUCUAACCAAAAGUAAUCAAUACAUCCUAUAUGAGACUGGAUUUCUAUCAUCUAAAAUAGAUCAUAUAAAUAUUGAAACUAAUUUGGGUGAGAUUGCCCUAUAUGGUGAUAAUCUUGAAGGGCCACUCUUAUAAAUCAAAGGUAGUAUAGAAAAAAAGGAAUGGCUUCAAGUACAAGAACAAUAAUAAACAUAAUCAGUUUAUCGUGGAAUGAAAAGUGAAAUAGAAAAAAAGGAGAAAUAAACAUAAUAAACAAUAGAUACUGUAUAAAGCACAUUUAAAGGUGGAUUUGAAGAAUUAUUUAAGAAUGCUACAGAAUUAAAGGAGAUUUCAUAAUAUAUUAAAUAAAAUAUAAAGAAAGGUGAGAAUAAUGAGAUUGAUGAAAUUCUAUCUAAAAUUGGUUAAUCAAGAUUAGAUAAGUAAUAUAUAUUAAAUAAUUUAUAUAAGAACUGAGGAUUAAUUUUAUGAGAAAUUGGCUGAUUAAGUAUAUAAACUUUGUGUUGAAUUGUUUCCUAAGAUGGGUGGUAUAAUAUCACUUUUAGAUGUCUAUUAUUAUUUUAAUAAGAAACGUAAUUCAGAUUUAGUGAGUCCAGAAGAAAUAUUAAAGGCAGGUUUAUAAUUUUAAAAAUUGAAUUAUUAAGCAAAGGUUGAAAGAUAUGAUGGUAUUUCUGUAAUUGAAUCAAGUAUUUAUGAUAAUAAUAAUAUUUUUAAGCAUAAUACAAUAGUGAUAAAGAUUAUGAGAAUACUUUAGGAAAAUAUAUAUCUUAUGAAAUUGGAUUGACUGCUGAAUAAUUAGCAAAGAAAUUGGGGAUUUCAGUUAUGAUAUGUAAGAUUAAACUUAAGAAUGCUAUAAAUUAAGGGAAAGUAUGUGUUGACAAUAGAAUUGAAGGUACUCGUUAUUUCAAAAAUUUAAUAAUUAAUAUUUGAACAAAAAUUUAUAUAAAAUAAAAAUAUGAAUUUAUAAUAAUAAGAAAGACAAAGAGUCACAGAUAAUUUAAGUUAAAUAUCUUAAUUAAGUACUAGAGCACCUACAAUUAUAAAUUAAUAAUAAGAAUCAUUACCAUUUAUUUCAUAUACAACUGAAAAUGUUGAUAGAUAAUAAAAAUAAUAGGAAGAAAAUGAAAGAAAAUAAAAAUUAAUGGCAGAAGCACGUAAAUUAAUGGUACCCACUUAAGAAAGCUAAAUUAAAUCAUAAUUAAGAUAAUUAGGAUAACCAGUAACUUAUUUUGGAGAAAAUGCAGCUGAUAGAAGAUAGCGUCUACGUACAUUAUUAACAGAUCAUUUAAUGUAAUAUGGUAGAUUACCUUAAUUUUUUAAAUAAUAAAACAAUCACAAUAUGGGAAAUUUAGAAAAUGAAUAUUUCUUAUAUGAAGGAGUAGAAUAAUUAAGAGCUGCUAGAAUUGAAAUAGCAAAAUUAUCACUUCAUAAUGCAGCACUUAGAGUUGAAAAAUUGAGAUUAAGAAGAUUAACUGUUGAUGCAUUAUAAGAAGAUUAAGAAGUAUUAGAAGAAAUGUAAAAAGUAAAUCAUUUUGCAAUUUAAAUGUCAUAAUUUGGUGAUUCUUCAGGAAUAUCUAGAUCAACUAUUAGUCCAAAUUAAUAAUAUCUUGCAACUGCUGGUGGAUCUGGAGAAUGUAAAUUAUGGGAUAUAUAAACUGCAUCACUUAAGUCUAGUUUUUUAGGACAUUUAACUAAAUGUCAUUCUAUUGCAUUUCAUCCUUAAUCCUUAUUAACAUUAUCACCUUAAUCAUUUGCUAAUGUUGCAACUGCUUCAGCUGAUCUCUCUAUUAGAUUGUGGACUCUAGAUUUGGAAUAGUAAGAAGUUGAGAAUUUAGGAAUGUUAUAAAAAUCAAUUGUUUUGAAAGGUCAUGAAGAUAGAAUUAAUAAAGUAAUAUUUCAUUAAGAUGGUAAAAGAUUAAUUAGUAUGGGUUUUGAUAAAACAUGGAGAUUAUGGGAUAUAGAAACAUAAACUGAAUUAAUGGUUUAAACAGGACAUUCUAGAGCAAUUUAUUCAGGAGCACUUCAUCCAGAUGGUUCAUUAUUAUUUACAGGAGAUUUAGGAGGAUUUGGAAUGGCAUGGGAUUUGAGAAUAGGUAAAGGUAUUUUACCAUUUGUUGGUCAUGUUAAAGGAAUAUUAGCUAGUGAUUUUAGUAUGAAUGGUUAUCAUAUUGCAACUGGAGGAGAUGAUAAUUUUAUUAGAAUUUGGGAUAUUAGAAGAAGAAAUGUAAUUGAAAAAAUACCUGCACAUAUUAAAUUGGUAAGUGAUUUAAAAUUUUAACCAAAUUAUAGUAAAUUCUUAAUUAGUGCUUCUUAUGAUGGAAAUAUUAAAUUUUGGAAUUCAAGAGAUUGGAGUUUGCAUUCAGUUUAUGAGACUUCUGAUACAAAAGUAAUAAAUAUUAUUUAUUAUUUUAGCAUACUUCUGUUUGUAUUACUGAUGAUAUAAAGACUAUGAUUUCUACAGGUUUAGACAGAAAAUUUGUUAUUUGGUAAUGA